CCUACUUCAACAAAUGCAGACACCAUCACGUGGUCAUAUAGUAAAUCAUGCGUAUGCCUAGAAAAACAUGAGGACCACAGGUUUUUUGAUGUCCAAGGUUGAUUUUUCAGAUGUCCAAGGUUGAUUUUUUUGAUGUCCAAGGUUGAUUUUUUUGAUGUCCAAGGUUGAUUUUUUUGAUGGCCAAGGUUGAUUUUUUUAUGUCCAAGGUUGAUUUUUUUGAUGUCCAAGGUUGAUUUUUUGAUGUCCAAGGUUGAUUUUUUUCUCUAAAAUUUAUUGCUAUGGUUUUUUCUUCGUAAAGUAUGUCUAUGUAUCUAUGUAUCUAGUCUACCAUAGUGAAAAAAAGAAAAAGAGAGAGAGAAAAAAAGAGAGAACAAGAGAAAAAAAGAGAGAAAAAGAUAGAGAAAAGAGAGAGAUAAAGAGAGAAAAGAGAGAAAAAAAGAAAGAAAAGAGAGAGAUAAAGAGAGAAAAAGAGAAAAAGAGAGAGAAAAAGAGAGAUAAAGAGAAAAAAGAGAAAAAAAGAGAAAAAAAGAGAAAAAAGAGAGAAAAGAGAGAGAGAGAUAAUGUAGAAGUUAUACUAAAUUCAUAUUACAGUUUUUAGGAUAAAAAUGAUUUAUUCUUCUUUCAUAAUUUUUUUUACUUCCACGUUUCACGAACCAAACAUUAAAAAUUAAAAGGUUCUCUUUCGAUGUUAUAUUUUAUAUGAUAAAUAAUAAAUCCAACAAUUCACACUUACCGCUCCA